AUGCCGUCCCCGACGCCGCGCCCCGCGGCGUCGCCGCUUCCCGGCGUCGUGUGCGUCCUCGGGCAGACCGGCGCGGGGAAGUCGCGCCUCGGCGCGGAGCUCGCGCGCGCCAUCGACGGCGAGGUCGUCAACGCGGACGCGAUGCAACUCCACGACGCGCUCCCGAUCGCGACCGCGCGGACGACGAGCGAGCAGACGCUCGGGGUGCCGCAUCACCUGUUCGGCGUCGUGCCCGUGCCCGUGCCGACGAGAGGAGGAGAGUCUUCUGCGAGCGCGCGCGACGAGCGCGGCGGCGGCGGAUACGGCGUCACCGUGCGAGACUACAGAGCGAUGGCGUUGCCGGUGGUGGAGGGCAUCAUCGCGCGAGGGAAAGUCCCCGUGCUCGUCGGCGGGAGCGACUACUACGCGCGGGCGAUCGUGUCGCGCUCGCUGCUGGACGACCAGCUCGGCGCGGGACGAGAGGGCCCCGGGGCGGAGGCGAGAGGCGAGGACGACGGCGACGCGCGCGACGACGGCGCGUCGGCGUCGGAAGAGGAAGAGGACGGCGACGACGACGACGACGACGACAACGUCGCCGACGCCCCGCCGCCGAGCCGCGUGAAACCGAACGAGAACGACGCGGCCGCCGCGCUCGCGCGCCACGCGCGCCUGCGCGAGGUCGAUCCCGUCUCCGCGGCGAAGCUGCACCCGAACAACGCGCGGAAGGUGCGUCGAUACCUGGAGAUUUACGACGCGUUCGGCGAGCCGGCUUCGGUCGUCUUCGCGCGCGGGAAAGCCGCCGCCGCCGCCGCCGACGACGACGACGACGACGAAUCGCCGUCCGACACGUCAGCACGGUACCGAUCGCUGUGCCUCGUCCUGCGCGCGGACGCGAGCGAGCUCGAGCCCGCGCUCGCGCGCCGCGUGGACGCGAUGGUGGACGCGGGGCUCGUCGCCGAGCUCGAGGCCGCCGCGGCGGCGAACGUCGGCGGCGGCGUCGGCGUCUCGCAGUCGAUCGGGUUUCACGAGUGGGUCGAGUACUUACGCGCGCGCGCGGCGACGCCCCAGCGCGACGUGGACGCCGCGAUCGACACGAUGAAAGCGGACGCGAUCGAGGCGAUGAAGGCGGACACGCGCCGGCUCGCGAGGGCGCAGUUGAGGCGGUGUAAGAGGCUCGAGAGAACGUUCGGGUGGCGACCGACGUAUCUCGACGCGACGGCGACGCACGCGGGCGCGCGGGUCGGGGACGCCGCGCGCGCGGACGCGGCGUGGAGAGAAGACGUGUUCGAGCCCGCGCUCAGGGCGGCGCGGGCGUUCGUCGCCGGCGAGGACGACGGCGGCGGCGGCGGCGGCGGCGGCGUCGCGGAGGAGCCGGCGUGGGAGGAGCGUCGCUGCGACGCGUGCGAACGAACCUUGCGCGGGGACGCGGAGUGGCGCGCGCACGUCUCGGGAAGGCGUCAUCGCAAGCGCGUGGCGUCGUUGCGGAAGAAACGCGAGGGGAAGCACGGAGUGCCACCGCGCGAGAAGGGUUGCUCCGACGCCGGGUAG